AAGUUGUCAUAAAACCAACUAUAACACCCACAGUUUCGUUUCCGUUCCGAGGGUUAUAUAGAUCUGUGGAUCUCUCCCUGUCUUGUUAUUUCUCUCUGGAAUCUUCUAAAAGUCUAGUUGGAACAGCGAGGAGCUGAUCUCUCGCAGUCAUGGAAGACGAUUUCGAGUUCUCUAAUUCUCCUCCUUCCUUCCAAAACAUGGGGGAUUUGAUCAAGGAUGCUGAGCCUAAAGGGUUAAACCCAGGAUUGAUAGUGCUGCUGGUUAUUGGCGGGUUACUUUUGACAUUCCUAGUUGGAAAUUAUGUACUUUACUCAUACGCGCAGAAGACCCUUCCUCCGAGAAAGAAGAAGCCCAUCUCGAAGAAGAAGAUGAAGAAGGAGAGACUGAAGCAAGGUGUCUCAGCACCAGGAGAGUGAAAAUCUAAGAUUUACUAUCUGUUGGUCUUCGCUGUGGUGAACUGUUGUGUUCGAAAUUUUCCCUUUUUUGAUGUCAUGAGAGCACUGUCAGUAAUGUUUUCCGCUUAGUCAAGACUACAUACUUAGAAGCUACUAUCCUAUGUUUCAGUAGAACAAGGGGUUAAAAUGCUGCUGUCUUUAAAAUUUA